AUGAACAUUUUACGAAGGUGCUACAGCACCUUGUUUGGGCAACAUGGCUCUGCCCUGUUUAAGUUAGCCACCGUCACUGAAGCACCAAAGUCAGUGGUGCAGGCAUUGCAGAGGUGCCAUCAAGCCUCUCUGACUUCCUCUUCUGAUGCUAUUGGCAAGGUUAAGCUGCGAGGCAAGAAAGCUUUCCGCAUCUUUGGUGGAACCAUGCAGCUUGUUCCAGCCACCUGUUCUGCACAGCAUUCUGGGACUACUGUGCUCUUUGAGCCCUUAGAUCGGGGUCUCCCCGCUGGACUGCUUGCAUCUCCAGCACUGGUUCGAGUUGAGGGAGGUACUGUGUAUAUACCUGUUGUGAAUGUGGGAACAUCUGAUGUGCUGCUUUACCCUCGUACAGAGGUCGGUGCAUUGCGUGAAGUUUGCGUGGUGAGCUUACCUUCUGGUAUUAAGGAGGUUCCAUCUUAUCUGGCCACUGUUGCAUCCCAAGCUGUGGUUCCCACACUGCAAGACCAAAUAGAUGUGGUUGAUCUAUCUGCUUUGCCAGCCGAAGAACAGAAGGAAGCCAGACAUCUUCUUUGGAAAUAUGCUUCUGUCUUUUCCGCUCACGAUGGAGACCUGGGGUGCACCAACCUGAUAGCACAUGAAAUACCUCUUCUUGACGACACUCCCAUCCAUCAACGCUAUCGACGUAUUCCGCCAUCAGAAUACGAAGUCAAGGAGCACAUUAAUCAGUUGCUUGGUGCACAGGUUAUCAGGGAAAGUUGUAGUCCGUUUGCUUCACCGAUUGUGCUGGUUAAAAAGAAGGAUGGUAGUCUGCGCUUGUGCGUAGACUAUCGGCAGCUUAACCACCGCACUCGAAAAGAUGCAUUUCCUCUCCCUCGGAUUGAGGAGUCGUUGGAUGCACUCACAGGAGCCCAAUGGUUUUCCACUCUGGAUUUAGCCAGUGGCUACAAUCAGGUCCCAGUGGCAGAGGCUGACCGACCCAAGACAGCUUUUUGCACUCCUUUCGGACUCUUUGAAUGGAACCGCAUGCCCUUUGGGUUGUGUAAUGCGUGCAGCACUUUCCAGCGACUUAUGCAGCGUGUUUUUGGAGAUCAGCAGUUUCAGUCGCUGCUCUUGUACCUGGAUGACAUUGUUGUUUUCUCAUCUUCCUUUCGACAACAUCUUGAGAGACUGGAAGUGGUACUGCAGCGCUUACAACACGAGGGCCUGAAGGCCAAGUUGUCAAAGUGCUCCUUUUUCCAACAGGAGGUGCGUUACUUGGGCCACAUUAUGUCGGCCGAAGGUGUUUCCACCGACCCGAGCAAGCUUGAGGUGGUGGCCAACUGGCAGCCUCCCACCACCAUCUUGGCGCUGCGGUCCUUUCUCGGGUUCGCAAGCUACUAUCGUCGUUUUGUGGAAUGCUUUGCCAAGUUGGCUGCCCCUCUCCAUCGCCUUGUAGCUGAACUUGUGGGGUCCAAGUCUAGACGGUCUGAACCAGUCGUGGACAAAUGGACAGGAGAACAUCAGCGGAGUUUUGAAGCCCUAAAAUCUAAGCUCACCACCGCACCUGUGCUGGCAUACGCUGACUUCUCCCUUCCUUUUAUCUUGGAGGUCGACGCAAGCCAUGGAGGCCUGGGCGCAGUGCUUUCCCAAGAGCAAGAAGGAAAAGUGCGGCCCAUAGCCUUUGCCAGUCGUAGCUUAAGGCCGACUGAACGCAAUCCUGUCAAUUAUAGCUCCAUGAAGCUGGAGUUUCUGGCACUAAAAUGGGCUAUGGCUGAUAAAUUUCGUGAAUACUUGCUUGGCCACAAAUGUCUUGUUUUCACAGACAAUAACCCCCUUAGCCAUCUAUCAUCGGCGAAGCUUGGAGCCCUGGAGCAGCGUUGGGCAGCCCAACUCGCGUCAUUUAACUUUGAGAUCCGUUACCGUUCUGGCAAGAGUAACACAAAUGCAGAUGCUCUGUCUCGCUUGCAUUCUCCCAGAACCACGGACCUUGAGACCCUUGUCUCUGGUACAUCACUUCCUCAGCCAUUGCAACAGGCUCUCCAGGCCAGUGGGCCUACAGCCUACCAGGCUGCUGUUCAGGCCUUGCCUCCGCAUCUGCCUGCAGAUAUUGGAGAACUUCAGCGAGCUGAUUCUGUGACCCAGGAAGUUCUUGUGUUUUGGCAGCAGAAACGAUACCCGAAUUAUGACGAGCGGAAGCAGUUCUCUCCACCAGCCUUGGUGCUUCUUAAGCAGUGGGAGCGAUUGGUUGAACGGGCCGGAUUGGUGUACGGGCAGGUCUCUCGCUCUGACGGGGGAGAACUGGUUUUCCAGGUACUUUUGCCAGCUGCUCUGAGGGACAAAGUCCUCAUGGAGGUCCACCAAAAUCACGGGCACCAGGGGGUGGGCAGGACUUUGGAAUUGCUCAGGCAGCGGUGCUAUUGGCCAGGGAUGUCGUCUGAUGUGAAGCGCUGGUGUCAAACCUGCGAGCGGUGUCAAGUGGCUAAGGACUCUGGGCCACCUGUUCGUAGCUUCAUGGGACAUCUGCUUGCUUCAGAGCCUAAUGAAAUCCUGGCAAUGGAUUUCACCAUGCUUGAACCAACCCAUAACGGGCUGGAGAAUGUCCUUGUGCUGACAGAUGUUUUCAGCAAAUAUACACUUGCCAUUCCCACUCGUGACCAGCGUGCCUCUACAGUGGCACAAGUUCUCGUCACAGAGUGGUUUUCGAAGUUUGGUGUUCCAGCACGCAUUCAUUCCGAUCAGGGUCGCAAUUUCGAAAGUGCACUCAUUCGACAGUUGUGCGGUCUUUACAACAUCGAAAAAUCUCGCACCACACCGUACCAUCCAGCAGGUAAUGGUCAGUGUGAGAGUUUUAAUCGCACUCUUCAUGACUUGCUGCGUACUUUGCCUCCCUCUAGAAAGCGUGACUGGCACUCCUGUCUACCUCAGAUACUGUAUGCCUAUAACACCACACCGCAUCAAUCUACUGGGGAAUCUCCGUUUUUCCUCAUGUUUGGUCGUGAGGCAAGGCUCCCUGUUGACUUUUUGCUGGGAAGAGUGCAGGAUCCUGUUGAUGGGACAGUAAAUGACUGGGUCCGAGAGCAUCAGACCCGGUUACACGUGGCUUUUGACGGCGUCCGAGACCGGCUGAGGGAGGCAGCCCAACGCCGGAAGGAAAACCAUGACCAAUCUGUCCGGUCAGAACCGCUGGUGGUGGGCCAGUCAGUGAUUCUAAAGGAGUUUGGUUGGAAGGGUCGUCAUAAGAUCCAAGACAGGUGGAAUCCGGUGGUGCAUCGAGUGAUUAGAGCUCCCCCUGGCAAUGGUGCAGUGUAUACAGUUGCUGAGUUGCUACAGUUGAUGACCCUGCCAAAAUCAAACAGACAGCAGCUCCUGAAGAGGAAGAUCACCAUGGUUGGUACAGUUCGAAAGAACAAGCCUGAGCUCCCACCUGCACUGCUUGCGUCAAAGGAGAGAGAGGUUUUCUCAUCAAAGUUUGCCUUCACGCCCACCACCACUCUAGUUACUUACCUCCCUAAGAAAAACAAGAAUGUAGUUCUUCUGAGCACACUGCACACAGACGGUGACGUUAGCGAUCGUGAGGACAGGAAGCCAGUCAUCAUCCUAGACUACAACGGCAACAAGGGAGGUGUGGACAACCUAGAUAAGGUGAUUGGAACAUACAGCUGCAGAAGGAUGACUGCUCGCUGGCCCCUGGUCAUCUUCCACAACAUCAUUGAUGUUUCCUCCUACAAUGCCUUUGUGAUUUGGAGAGAGAUCAACCCGACCUGGAUGUCUCGUAAACAGAACAAGAGGAGGGUGUUCCUGGAGCAGCUGGGAAAGGCACUUGUAAUUCCACUCAUUGAAAGAAGGAAGCAUGUCCCCCGCACAGAAGCCUCAGCAACAGUUGGGAAAGCUAUUCAGAGUGCAGGAGCUCCUGAUCAACCUGAGGAUCCAGCUACCACAGCCACUUCUCCAGCUAGGGCAAGUAAGAGGAAGAGAUCUUCUCCUGCCAGUAUGGAGGAAGAGGUACAACAGCUCAGGGACUUGGUGUUGCAACUUAAAGCAGAUAAUGAGCGGCUGCUUCAGGAGAGGGCCGCUGCUUCCAGUGGGGGUCCUAGCGGUGGUGUUUCAGGCUCCUUUGGUCCAGCUAGCUUUACCCCACUCGCUGGUGUUGCUACUGCUGUUACUGAGCGAUUGGUUGUGGUACCUAGGGACCGUAGGUGCCCUCGGUUUAAUGGUAAGACGGGCAUCGGAAUAGCAGAGUGGAUAGAGGAGAUAGAGGCGUGCGUGCGUGCUCGCCACCUUUCUCCUGCUGACCAGGCUUUGUUCAUCCUUGACCACUUGGAGGGAGAAGCAAAGGAGGAAAUCAGGUUUCGUCCUAGUACAGAGCGAGGGAAUCCAGCUCGGAUUUUGGUUAUUUUAAGGGAGAUAUAUGGUUGUUCUCAGUCGUAUGUCACUCUGCAACAAGCCUUAUUUUCCAGGAAGCAGCUCGAGGACGAGACUCUGCAGGAGUUUUCCUUAGCCCUGAUGGCUUUAAUGGAACAGGUGCAGCAGUGUGCACCUGACCAUAUUCCCAAUGCAGGUGUCCUGCUUCUUGACCAGUUUAUAGAGCAUGUCCUCGACAGUGCCCUCUGCCGGGAGCUUAAGCAACUGGUCCGACGCCAGCCUACUGCUACUCUGCUGGACGUGCGCUGUGAGGCCAUCAGGCGGGAGAGGGAGGGGCUUCCUGGGGGUUCUAGGGGACGAAGUCAUUCUCUCCCCACAGCUUAUGGUCUCCAGUAUGGAGUCCAGGGCAUGUGGGGCAAAGUGGGCUCCCCCUCGGGCUCGUGCAAACUCUGUCACUGGUUCCACUGCUCAUGCUGUCCAUUCCUUUCCUCCGUCGGAAAACUGAUACCCACUGAGCUUCCUAGCCACCGCUCAGAUGGGGAGCUUACAGGCUCAAGAGAUGGCGGGAUUGCAGGGUUAAUGUCGUCUUGCCCGAAUGUUUCCUUCAGUGGAGUCACUGUUCCUUGCUUAGUGGACACUGGGUCCAUGGUGUCCACCAUUACGAAAAGCUUUUUCCUCGAACAUUUUGCACACUGGGGUCAUGAUCGCCUCCUGUCUUGUAAUUGGCUAGAGCUGCGGGCGGCUAAUGGCCUCGCUAUUCCUUACAUAGGCUACCUGGAGCUGGAUGUGGCUUUUUGUGGUAAGGUUAUGCUCCAUUGUGGGGUGCUGGUAGUUAAAGAUCCCCCAGGGGCGCUGUCAUCUGUUCCUGGGAUCUUGGGGAUGAAUAUCCUUCGUCGAUGCUAUCGAGAGCUCUUUGGGACUCAUGGUACCUCCCUGUUUGAUCUUCCAUUAGUGUCCCAGGCCCCAAACCCAGUCGUGGAAGCCUUACAGAAGUGCCACCAGCUGGUUGUUCAUGCUCCACAAUAUCUUGCUGGUACUGUGAGGGUUCGAGGUAGACGGCCAGUGCGUAUACCUGGAGAGGUCAUGAAGCUGGUCGCCAGUACUUGUCCUGAGCAAGCCCCUGAUCAAGUUGCCUUGUUUGAGCCCUCGGAGUCCAGUUUGCCUGCUGGGUUGCUUGUAUCUCCUUGCCUUGUUAAAACAUGUCGGGGUACAGCCCACGUCCCCGUGGUCAAUGUUGGUAUGACCGAAAUUCUUCUUCAUCCGCGGACUUGCCUUGGUACAUUGAGUGGUGCCCAGGUGGUUAGUUUACCCACAGGGGUUACAGAGGUGAGGUCCAUCGCCGCUAGUGUUUCCUCCCAAGGGGCUAGCAGUUUGGCACCUGAUAAGGUUGAGUCGAUAGACCUGUCAGCAUUGGCUGAGCAGCAGCAGAGUGAAGUGAGGUCUUUACUGAGCAAAUACAGUUCCAUCUUUUCAGCCCAUGAUGGUGACUUGGGCUGUACUGACCUCAUCUCGCAUGAUAUAGCCCUUCUUGAUGACGCUCCAGUCCGGCAGAGAUACCGGCGCAUCCCUCCUUCCGAGUAUGAGGCAGUAAAAACUCACAUCAACCAGCUUCUUGAGGCCAGAAUUAUUAGGGAGAGCAGUAGUCCAUAUGCCUCACCCAUUGUCUUGGUUCGGAAAAAGGACCGCAGUCUGCGGUUGUGUGUGGACUACCGACUGCUGAAUAGUAAAACUAGAAAGGAUGCUUUCCCCUUACCUCGGAUCGAGGAGAGUCUAGAUGCACUUUCUGGGGCCCGCUGGUUCUCCACUAUAGACUUGGCCAGCGUGUACAACCAGGUACCGGUCUCCGAAGCAGAUAAAUCCAAAACUGCUUUCUGCACACCGUUUGGGCUUUUUGAAUUCAACCGAAUGCCUUUUGGGUUGUGUAACGCCCCAAGCACAUUCCAGCGGUUGAUGCAGAGGAUGUUCGGGGAUCAGCAGGGCCAGUCACUGUUGCUUUAUCUGGACGACAUUAUCGUGUUCUCAUCCUCCGUCGCACAGCACCUGCAGCGGCUGGAAUUAGUCCUCGGCCGGCUCCAAGAUCAAGGCCUGAAAGCCAAGUUGGAGAAAUGUGCCUUUUUCCGAGAGAGAGUGAAUUACUUGGGCCAUGUUAUCUCCAGCACUGGUGUCUCCACAGACCCUGCAAAAAUUGCGGCUGUGGCCAAGUGGCAGCGUCCCCAUCAGGUGUCCGACCUGCGCUCCUUUUUGGGCUUCGCCAGCUAUUACCGGCGCUUUGUGGAGGGGUUUGCCAAACUGGCUAGCCCUCUACACAAGUUGGUGGCAGAUCUUACAGGUACAAAGUCCAAGAAAGGAUCGGGACAAGUUCUUGGUGCAGCAUGGACACCGCAGUGUGAGGAAAGUUUUGAAGCCUUGAAGUCCAGGCUGGUCUCCUCCCCAGUGCUGACUUAUGCAGACUUCUCACGCCCGUUCAUUUUAGAGAUUGAUGCCAGUCAUAGUGGCCUUGGUGUUGUUCUCUCUCAGGAAACUGACGGUGGUGUUAGACCAGUGGCAUAUGCCAGCCGAGGCCUCCGACCCACGGAGCGUAACAUGGAUAAUAACAGCUCCAUGAAAUUGGAAUUUUUAGCGCUUAAGUGGGCCAUGACUGAAAAAUUUCGAGAGUAUUUGCUGGGGCAAAAGUGUGUGAUUUUCACCGACAACAACCCAUUGAGUUACCUUCACUCUGCCAAACUGGGGGCAACAGAGCAGAGAUGGGCCGCCCAGCUUGCUGCCUUUGAUUUUAACAUCAAAUACCGGUCAGGUCGCAGCAAUAGGAAUGCUGAUGCACUAUCCCGUAAGCAUGAGUCGGGUUCCAGUUUGGCCGGACGGGUCCGGACGGGCACUUUGGUCCCCAGCACUCUCCAGGAAGCCGCACGGUGUGAUCCUGUGACCUCUGCAACUCAGUCUGUGGUCUCCGUUCUCCCUGGGCGUUCUGCAUUGGACAUUGGUUCCUUGCAGGAAACUGAUCCCCUCCUGAAGGAUGUCCUGGUGUUAUGGAGGAGAGGAAUUCGGCCUUCCCAGCGGAAAGGCGACAGAUUUCCACGUCAGCUGUGGCGCUGUUAA